GAUCUAUAUUGACUCUGGUGAAAAUAAUUCAAAACAAUGUCUCUAAUUCAUUACUAUAAUUACUACAUGUAUGAAUUAUCAGAUAAGCGGACAAUUGAUUGGCCGUUGGUGUCACCAAUUUCACUAUGCACAGUACUAGGAGUAUAUUUUUACACAGUGUUUUCAUGGGGACCGGCUUACAUGUCUUUACGAAAACCUUGUAGCCUCAAAGCAGUAUUGGCUAUUUAUAAUUUGGGACAAGUUGUGGCUUGCUUUGCUCUCAUACACGGGAUUCUUCAUUCGGGAUGGUUAACAACGUACAGCAUGGGUUGCCAACCGGUGGACACAUCUACAUCGCCGGAGGCAAUGCGAGCAGCAUCCAUGAUGUGGUGGAUGUAUAUGCUAAAAAUUGUCGAAUUGGUUGAGACCGUAUUUUUCGUUCUGCGAAAAAAACAGAAUCAGGUGUCAGCCCUUCAUGUUUAUCAUCAUGUCUCCAUGGUUUUACUAGCAUGGAUUGGAGUCAAAUAUUUUCCAGGAGGCAUGAUCACAUUUUCCGUAAUGCUGAAUUGUGUCGUUCAUAUUCUUAUGUACACAUAUUACUUCUUGGCUUUGGCGGGCCCAGCAAUGCAGAAUAAACUAAGCUGGUGGAAGAGGUCGUUAACCAUCGUUCAAAUGAUCCAAUUCUGCAUUAUUUUGAUUCAUUCCAGCCAAGCAUUGAAAGAAGAUUGCAAAAUAUCUAAAUUCCUUGUCUUAUUAUUCAUGCCAAAUGUCGUUAUCAUAUUCUAUAUGUUCUACGACUUUUACCAAAAAGCUUACGCGCCCAAAAAGUCCAGGAGCGUAACCACAAAUGGUUCAGUAAGCUCGAAUGGAUUAAAAAGCCAUUGA